AUGGAUGAAGACUUGUGUGGUGCGGAUCCCAACGCCACUCAUCCGCACGCGUAUGGAUCACCACAAGCGGACACCACCUCUCACUCGGCGCACCACAUAAGCCACACUGUGAUGGAGACGUGCGAUGAGUCAUCUCAUGGCCAGUCGUGCCACUCAUCGCAUCCCUUACAUCGGUAUCGAUCGCGCACUUCGUUUGGCCGACAAUUAUCCAACACUGAGAUCAGUCGCCGCCGACGGGACUCACUGUCGGCACUCAACUACCAGAACCUGUCGAGCAGUGGUUCCAUCAUUAAUGUGGUGUCAGGAGGAGGAGGAGGAGGAGAGACCUCUAAUUUGGUGCGAUUCCGGUCAUCACUUAUGGGACAAUCGGCGCCUUCGCUCUCACCCUCAAUGAACGUGGAGAACUGCUUCGGCAUCUCUGGAGUGCCAUUGGCCAUUCAGGGACGGGUCCUCGUCGGCGAAGGCAUUCUCACGAAGGGCUGUCGCAAGAAGUUAAAGCCCCGACAGGUGUUCCUCUUCAACGACAUCCUCGUCUACGGAAGUAUUAUCAUAAACAAGAAGAAGUACAACAGACAGCAUAUCAUUCCUCUUGAAAACGUCAAACUCGACGAUCUUGACGACGAGGACAACCUGAGGUAUGGCUGGCAGAUCAAGACACCCACGAAGUCGUUCAACGUAUACGCGGCCACAGCCACCGAAAAGGUUGAAUGGAUGGCUCAUAUCAACAAAUGUGUGGACGAACUGAUCAAAGCGGGGAACCGUCCGGCCUCUGAACACGCGGCUGUUUGGAAACCCGACAACACGUCAAACAUUUGCAUGCAUUGCAAGAAGACUCAGUUCACUGUUAUUAACAGAAGGCACCACUGCCGCAGCUGUGGUGAUGUAGUGUGUGGUCAUUGCUCUAAAAGCAAAUUUUUGAUUCCCAACCAAUCGGCAAAACCUGUUCGAGUCUGUGAUGGAUGUUAUGACAAAUUGGGAAAACUGAGGAUCAGUUCUAAAGACAACUCAUAUAAUAAUGUAGACUCAAGUGUGGGAAAGACCGACACGAAGACUGAACACAUAAACGAAUCCUCAGAUUCUGAAGACGACGAAACUCGACAGAAGCAAACUGACGAUGACUUGACGAGAAGUCUUGAAGAUCUAACUAUUGAUGAAAAGCCCACAUUCUACAGCUCUGUUAAGGCAGACGUUUGAAGACAUCAACUCUCGAAGUUUAUCAUACAAUCAAUACUUACUGUGAGAUUUGAAUUGUGCCUUAAAUUGGGUCUAAAUGACGCCUAAACGUUUAUAACGAUUUUAUAUUUACCCGAAACUAUAUAUUUGAGGCAAUUAUCCAAUUUUAUAGACAAAUAUUUUUCAUAAACAUAUUUCAAUUUUAUCUACUAUUAUAAUGAAUUGAAUAUUUUAUAUUUUAAAUCUAAGAUUUAUUUUUGGCUGACAAUUAAAAUAACAAAUAUUUUGCAUAUAUUUAUAAACAGAUUAAAUCUCUAAUUGUUCACAAA